UUUCCGAGGUGGGAGUCUCCUCCCACUUUAAAGGAGUGUUUGGUGGAGCGACCAACUUCUCCUCCGCAACUUCUCACUCCACCCAGAGCGCAGCGCUCGCCCCCGAGCUGUCGACGUGCCCGCGCAGUGUCUCCAGGUCUGAGCGCAGCGGCCGGACGCGGAUCUCGAGGACUGACUGUGGACCUGCCGUGGAGUCUCCGGGACUUGCGAGUGUCAUCCGCCAUGGGGGACGUCGUUUCCAGUCACCUGGAUGAGACCAAGCGCGAGCUGAUCACAGCUCGGACCGGAGCGGUGAUGGCGGAGUUUGGGCGCCUGUAUGAGCAGCAGUAUGGCGUGGCUCUCUUCAACAAAGUUCGCUUUGACCUCGAAGGAGGAGGCGGGCCGCAGUCCCAGCUGCUGCAGCGGAAGAUUCCUCUGGAGAACAAGUCCAUCUUCUCUGGAUCCAUCUUUCAGUACGUGGAGGAGAACAAGAAGUGGAGGAACCGCUUCCUGUUUGUGCCGGACUCUUACAACAUCAGCUGUUAUGAGAACAAAGCAUCCUUUGACAAACAUGUGCAGCCCAAAGGAACCAUCAACUGUGCUGGCUCCAAAGUGCUGACCUCUGUGGAGCAGUACCAGGAGCUGAUCAGCGACAGCCUGCCAGAUGUGAAAGCCAAAGCGGGAAGUUCUCCGUUUCUAAAGUGUCCCAGCCAGUUCCCUGUGAUCGUGUGGCAUCCGUACGCUAGGCACCAUUACUUCUGCGUGGGCAACGAGAAGGAGCAGCAGAAGUGGCAGGCUGUCCUGCAGGACUGCGUCAGGCAUUCCAACGAUGGUUUGUGUGAGGAAAACAAGGUCCAAACUCCAGCCUUCACUGACGCAGUGCGACUCUACCGUCAGGCUCAAGGGAACUACGGCACGUGGGAGAUGAUGUGCGGACUCCCGUCACAGAUCCUGUCCAACCUGGUGAUGGAGAGCCUCCACCCUGAGCUGAGGGAGCUCAUCUCCCCCCGCCUCAAAGGAAAGCUGCAUGACCGACAGAGAAGCUGGAUGCUGAUCAGUGACGCCAUCUACAGCCUGGUCCAGGAGCAGUGCGGGGCCCACUACGAGGCGCUGCUGCAGAAAUGUGAGGCGACCCGCUCCUCUCUGGAGGCGUCCAUCAGGAAAGACAUGGACCAGAUCAUUGCAUCCAAGGAGCAAGUCACCAGCAAGGUCAAAGCGGCCGUUCUCUCAAAGGCGGAGAAGCUGUUGAAGGUGAGCAUCCAGCCGUACAUCAGCUCCAUCCUCGACGCUCUGAUGGAACCCACCAGCCGAGGCUUUUUUGAGGUCCGGGACGUUUUCUUCAGGGAGCUGACGGAGAUGAGCAAGAACACUCUGAACAAGGAGACCAAGGAGACUGUAGCACAGCACAUGGAGAAGAUCUCCAUGCUGCCUUACCAUCCCGUGAAGAUGCAGAGCUGCUAUGAGAAGGUGGAGCAGCUCAGCCUGGAGGGUCUGCAGCAGAGAUUUGACGUAUCCAGCCCCUCCGUUUUUGUCCAGCGGGCCCAGAUCCUCAUGAGACAGCAAAUGGACAAUGCUGUGUUCACGUUUGAGCACAUCCUUCACCAGAGUCUGGAGUCCCAGGGACCAGAGGAUCUCUGCAAGACCAUCCAGCGCUGCCAGGACCGAGUUCUGAAGAAAUUUGACUAUGACAGCAGCACGGUGAGGAAGCGGUUCUUCCGUGAAGCUCUGCUCCAGAUCUUCAUCCCCUACAUGCUGAAGCAGCUCAGCCCCACUUGUGCAUCGGAGCUUCCCGGCUUCCAGGAGCUGAUCUUUGAGGACUUUUGCCGCUUCAUCUUGGUGGAGAACAUCUUUGAGGAAGUGGUUCUGCAUUCUGUGAUGAAAGACAUCAUGAUAGCUGUGAAGGAAGCAGCAGUCCAGAGGAAACACAACCUGUUCAGAGACAGCAUCGUCCUGAGCAACAGUGACCCCAACCUCCACCUGCUGGUGGAGAAGCCACCGAUUGACUGGGCCAGGAAAUAUGGAGGAGCCCAGGAGAACACAGAUGGACCAGGGGGGGACACUGAGAAUGAGGCAGAGGAUGCAGAGUCCAAAAAGAGUUGGAGGAUGAAGCAGGUGGUGUCCAUGAUCCAGGUGGAAGGCUCUUCGCUCCUGCCCAGUCAGUCGUCCAUGGAGGUGCCCAGUACUGACGGCAUUCGGGAAGAGACUGAUGGAAAUGUGAGCAAGAGCUCAGACAACAACCAGAAUGGAUCAGAACAACCCACAGCGUCUGAGACCCCUCCAGACACGGCUAAUGGUGCCGAUCUGAAGCAGGAAGCCAGAUCAGAUCAUCAGAGUGAAGAGGAUGAAGCAAAGGACAUCCAGCUCAGGGGGGAGGAACAGUCAGCCUCCAGCAAGGAGUUAAAGAAAGCUUUACCACUGUCCCCAAUCGCUGAAGAAAUACCACCUGGAGUUCCAGAGGUGACCCCAGAUAACCCCUCAAACAUGUCCAAUGGUACAGACCUAAAUCAGGAAGGCGAAGGAGCAGUUACUGCAAUCACAGAUGCAAAGGACAGCAAGCCUGAGGCAGAGGAACCUCCAGCACCCAGCAAAAAGGUAGUGGAAUCCAAACCCAAGUCCCCUACCUCUGAGGAGAGGCCAUCUGUAGAACCAACUCCAGAGAGCGCUUCCGACGCUGCAAACGGCUCUGGAGUCAAACUGGAGGAGCUCGGUAAAAAGGAUGAAGCUGAAAUUAUUGUGAACGUGGGUGAAGUAAACAUCACUAAAAAGGACAAGCCUGAGGUAGAAGAACCUCCGUCUUCCCAGGUGGUGGAACCUGCCCCGUCCUCCCCUGCUGACUGGGACAUGUCUUCUUCAAAAAAGACUCCAGAGAGCACUCCAGACUCUACCAAUGGUUCUGAAACUGUGCAGGAAGCCAAACCUGAAGAGGAAGCCGUUGGAGCAGCUGUUACUGUGACCAUGGAUGAGGAUCUCACAGCAAAGGACACCAAGUCUGUGCUGCUGGAACCUCCAGCCUCCAGCAAAGAAGUGGUGGAAUCCAAACUCCCGUCCCCUGCUGCUGAAGCUUUAGAUACUACCCCAAAGAACAGUCCAGACAAUGCAAAUGGUUCUGACUUGAUUCAGGACGUUAAGCUGCGGGGGACCGCUAAAGAGGAUGAUCCAAACGAUGAUGGACCAACUCCAGCGGUGAAUGCUACCAUGAGUGAAGACAUCAAGGCAAAGGACAACAAGCCGGAGGUAGAAGAACCUCCGUCUUCUCAGGUCGUGGAACCUGCCCCACCCUCCCCUGCUGACGGUCACAUGUCUUCUUCAAACGAGCCUCUAGAGAGCGCUCCAGCUGCAGCAGCUGUUACUGAAGACCUCACAGCGACGGACAGCAAGCCGGCACUGCAGGAACCUCCAGCAUCCAGCAAAGAAGUGGUGGACUCCAAACCCCCGCGCCCUGCUGCUGAGGCAGUGCCCGUUCCAGAAACUCCUCUGGAGACCAGUGCUGACUCCAGUCUACCUCCACUGAACAGUUGCACCCAGUCUCCUGCCAACAAAGCAGUGGAAGAGGGGGAGGCGGCGGCUUCCUGUGCACCACAAACCCCGCCCACAGAAGAACAGCUGAUGGAGGAGGAAACAUGUGGAGCUGCAGAGCACCAAAGCAGCACCGACACCCAGACCGGGGAGCAGUAACAGCUAGCUUCCUGCAUGUGUGUCUGCAUUACGCCAAACAGUUCACUGCAGCUUGACCCUCAGAGAGGCUUGGAGGCCUCCCCCCACUACGGUUUGAAUUCACCCAAUUCCUCUCCACCUAACAGAAGCAUGAGCACAGGGGCUGAACUGUCUACAAACAAGUACCAAAAACCUGAUUACUUUAGAGUAUUAGUCCAAACUGGACGACAGAAAACGUAUUCCAGAAUGAAAAGUAAAGUUUACCUAAUGUGGCGCCUUAAGCAGCGUCCCCACCAAUGACACUAUUUUAAACCUUCAUGCCCCCACAAGACUCUGUAUAGUUUGUAAAGCUGUAUGAAAAGGUGAAGUGCCAAGUGGUCAUUUUACAAGAUUUGUGUGUUUUAUAUCUUUAUUAGUUCCUUUUCUGAUAUCUCCAUCUUCUAUUAUUUAUUAUUUUUGCCCCCAUUUCCUUGUUGACAUUUAUUUUAGGUUCUUUCUUAGUUUGUUAUCGAAAUGUCUUUCUUGAUAAUAAAUCAAUUACUCAUUAAAUCUGA